CGGUGGCGCGCGCUCGUCUUCUUAAGACUUCUUCACCGGGCGUUUCGCGAGCUUUUCUUCAGAUUUUUUUGUUUAGUUUUUACGGUGUUCACAGUUUUGCACUUGAGAGCGUGUGAAGUGCGCGCAUGCGUAGUGGCUGAUAAUUAACCAAUUUGAAAAUUGCGGUUCUUCUGCUUUUUUUCGCAAUUCCAAUUGACCGCAAAAUUGCGAAAGAAAUUCCAUACUUUUUUUUUGCUGUGUGCGGAUUCUUAUGAAACAAGUGUUAAGAAUAAUAAAAAAGAAAAAGUUUUUAAAAUAUCCUAUACAAUUUGCAUUGCGAGGGUAAAGAACAAAAAAGGAUUUAAAACUGUUUUAAGACAAGAUUCUCGAACUUGGACUGGGAGUAGGCCAAUUAAGAGUUAGCCACACGACAACAGGUGUCGGCGGUUCCAGCAGCAACGUCAACAGCACAACAGCAGCAAUAGCAACAGCAGCAACAUUGCCAGCAGCAAUAGCAACAGCAACAUCGAGUGACAGCAGCAACAUCUAAAGACAGCAGCAACAAGUGGCAUCAUUUGCGGUUUCGAUCGCCGGGGCGGUUUGCCUGUGGUCCGUCGGCCGAAAACGGGAAAUCGGAAACAUGUUCUCCUCGAGCGGCGCUGCAUACCCAUCCCCAUACCCAUCCCCAUACCCAUCACCAUCCCCAUUCCGAUCGUCAUCCGCGAUCCGAGGUGGUGGCUUCAAUCUCGGCCAGCUGCUGUCGCUGGCCGCCGUUAUCGGAGUGUUGCAUCUGCCGCAGUCUGUGUGUCAUGCUGGCUGGGCAACCAGAACGCCAGGGAACUCCAUUAACGAGGCGCGGUCACCUGCCACCGGUGGCUCCAGUGGCUCCAGUGGCGGGAUGCAGAUCCAGGCGAUGCAGGUGAACUGCAGCCGGGAGCUGCUCGAGAUGCACCUGGAGCUGAGUCGUCCGUUUCGCGGCCUGCUCUACGCCAAGGACUUUCCGCUGGAGUGCCGGGCGCGGGGCCAGGACUCCACGAGGCUCCACCUCCGCAUCCCCACCUCCGGAUGCGGCGUUCGCGCGGAGCCUCUGGAGGAUGGCAGCCUGGAGUACACGGUGCGCGUGAUGCUCCAGAAGGAGCAGAAGCUGCGCCAGAGCACCGACAUCCUGAGCGCCGUUAAAUGCCAGCUCCCGGCCACUGCGAUGGGCAUGCCACUGCCCAUCCUGCGACAGGACAAAGGUCACGACAAAGGUCACGAGAGAAAUGCCCGAAUGCGUGCUGUGGCAGCUGCUGCAGUUCCAGCUCUUUCCGUGUCACCUGCUCCAUCGAACAGCCAUCACCAAAUGGAGACGCCGCGGGUGAGGAUCUGGCUGGAGUUGGGCGGACCCAAUGGCACCGGAUCGGUGGAGGUGGGCGUGGCCACCACCCUGACCGUGAGGGCGAUUGUUCCCGGGAACAUCGGAGUGCGGGUGGUGGACUGUGCCGCCCUCGAUGGACUCGGGGAGUCCACGCAGCAGCUGCUGGAUGCCCGCGGCUGUCCCAUCGACGAGCAGGUAAUGCCCGCUCUGCACACCCAGCACCGGCCGGCGGAGGAGGGCUGGUCCAAGCAGCUCGAGGAAGACCUGGUCGAGCGGACGUUCGCGGCCACGUUUCCCGCCUUCAAGUUCCCGGACCGCGAACGCCUCCACGUCAGCUGUGGCGUGCAGCUCUGCAAGGGGAAGUGUCCGAUGCUAAACUGUCGCCAGAAGUCAGCGCCACCGGUCCUGAGUGCCGAGCAGCACUUGGCCCGCAUCGAGGUGUUCAAUUCGCUGGCCGUGACUGCUCCCCAGAUCGAGGUGGACCGCCUGCGCUACGACAGGCGCCACAACAUGAGCGGAGAGGAUCACGCGCCGUAUCUGAGGGGUCAGUCGGUGCCCGGCGAGGGAACCCUCUGUCUGUCCAUCUCCAAGCUGGCCAUCUCGUUCUGUGUGCUCGGUCUGAUCUUCCUGGUGGCCGUGGUGGUGGCCAUCUUUUCGCUGAUCCGGUCGCGUCGUCGGGAGCGUCGUCAUGGAGCCGGAUUGACCCUGGGCCUGGGACUGGGACUGGGAAUCGCCGGGACGAGCACCUCGAACAGCAGCAGCCGGCUGCAUCGGGAUCGGGCCGAGAUCUGCACUUCGAUGUUCUCCUCCAGCAGCGAGUCGGCGCAAUCGCAACCGCGCUUCGGGACCAAGUUCCUCAUGCCCUACUAUCCAAAUACCCUGCCCUACGGUCGAGUCUACUAACUAGUUGGCCAACUUAAUCGCUGAUUACUUAACAGAUGGAAGACGGGGCUUCCCAGAGUCUAACUUUAGCAAUAUUAUCGUAUUAUGUGUAACUUUUGGUUGGCCGAAAGGAUCUUGAAAGCGUUUUGCAUGCGGUUAGGGGGUCAAAAUGUGUUUUGAUGUCUUUUCGCCGUAGUUGUAUUUAAUAUCUCGUAUAUUUAAAACUAUACCUAACUGAAUAAAUCAAAAUUCCUUAUUAUAAACCAAAAGGAUCCCCUAAUUUUAAAGAUAAUUCAACAGUUCUCCAUAAACUGAACUUACACUUUAAUCAAAGUUAAUAAAGUAAA